GGUUCUUAACUCGAGAACAAGGUUCGAGAACCGUUGCAACUGUUUUAGAACCAUUCAGUACACUGAACGAGAACCUGUUUCUUUAUGAUUUUUUUAAGCCGAUGAAGUGAAGCACGUUCAUACGCUGUUCUAGUAAUUAAAUAAUUUAUCUUAUUUAUUUUUAAUCAGAGAAAGUGCCAGGCACGGUUAAAAAGCAAGGAUUUUGAAGUAAUUUGUGAUUAGUGAUUAAUGGAGACUGUGAACAGUUUCAAACGAUUCAGUUGGACUUAGUGAACUGAUUCACUAGGACGAUCCAGGUAAAUUGAAUGAUUCGUUCGCGAAUCGGUCAUCACUAUUUCCCACGAUGCUCAGCUCCGCGGCUGUCUUUUCAGUUGGAGAUCCCACGGAGGUUGGCUUGGAGGCUCCGAGUUCAGUGCUACAAUGCUCUUCAAAGUCAUUUAUGGAGGCAAAAAGAAGUUGAUUAAGGUAGAUGAAGUUGAUUACAGCAGUCUAAUAAAAGAAGUCAAGAAGAAAUUUUCCAUCAAGCAAAAGGAUCUGGUUUUGCAAGAUGACACCGGUGUGGAGGUAGAUGAAGAUGUUUUCACUGACGUGCUGGAGGAGAGAUCGCGUGAUGUACUUUGGAGAGUCAUUGACCAAGAUUCAGAAUGCACAGUCCUCGAUUCUUGUAGCUCCCACUCAGACACACUAGUUCUCACCCCAAACCACCCUGAAACUGAUGACCGUGCUGAGCCAAGCAUGAAGAGACCUCGUUUUGAUGAAGCUUUUGAGGCUAAGCAGUUUGUCAGUGAAAUUUUGAAAGAAAAGGCAGGUGGACUUGCCGUUUUGGCCGAAUAUAAUGAACAUGGAAAACUCACAGAUUCAACCCGGCGACAGUUAGUCAACAUCGUUGUUGCAUACAUAACUGAAAAAGAAGGUCGUGUCCCUUCCAAAGAAACAAAAACACGCUGUGCCUUGGGAAUUGUAACUCUUUGCCCAUCACUGAAGGAUCCAUACUCAAGAACUGGAUAUGAACAUUUCUAUGACCCCAAGAGCAAUCAAGGAUACAUAUCAUGGCGUCUGAAAACAGUUUCACGCCGAAGCAAAAGCCAGAGCACAAGAAAUGCCAGGUCAAGUGCAGCAUCGGAUGAUGAAGGCAACGGAGGACCAACAGCUAACAGAGCCAACAGGAACUAUUUGGAAAAGCAGCUCGAUGGCGACCAAUGCAAAGAAGCCAUAUCAUUUAUGAGUCAUUGUGCUGACAAGGACCAGAUUUUUGAGAAGAUGAAACUAACAUUCAAGCACAGACAGCAGCUUAUUCAUGAUGCAGAGAAGUCCAGCACAGCUCUUUCAGUUUUUCCAAGAUUUCUCGACACAAAGGGAUUGGUUCUUCAAGACUUUGACAUCAAAUUUGGAACUGAAACCGCUUCCAGACUACUAGAACAAUGGGACACUUUAAAGCCAAAGAUCAUCGCAGAGGCGAAAACGCUUAAUUCAAACUUGUACCUAAACAGCCUGCUUGCAGCUGGCACUGGGCAGAACCUGGAAUGUGAAUGGCAAGGAUGGGACAGUGACAUGUCCUGUCUUUUACUACUGGCUUUCCUUUUGCCACCUUCAGCAGGUGGUAGAAACAAUUCAACAAAGAUCAGCAUUAAGGAGGCAAUGGAUCAUGUUGUGCAGUUUCACAAGGCUUGUUGCAGUCUAACUGAAUAUGUUGAGAAGACUGAAGGCCUGCAACCACAUCUCCUUGCAGUUGGCUCUGCAAAGAAUGCCAUUCAUGAGUUCUACAUUGUUCUGGAUGGAAAACUUCUACCAUGUCAGGCAAAGUCAUCCCUUUCUGCUUUUGACGAACUGUUUAAAGCGUAUUUUGUUUUUAGUGUGUCAUACCCCCACUCCUUAAAUGCAAUGUUUACAUUUGUUCAGACAACAAUCUACAAGAUUGGCUGUGGCACAGUUCGUGAAACCCCAAGGGUAAAGGACCUACGAGCCAAACUUCUGAAUUAGCUCUCUUGACUGACUGAAAAUGUUCCGCUGUUUUGCUUGUAAAGCGGUACAUUUAACAAUUAAUGACCUCAUUCGUCAUCUAAAACUCAUUCAUGCUUAUUAUCCUGGGAAAAAAUUGAACUUGAAAUGUGCACAGAACAAUUGCAAGCAUAGCUUCAUGACUUAUGCCGGAUUUCGAAAACAUUUGAGUAGUGUUCAUAGACAUGAAUUUCUAGACCAAGCAGAGACUGAAAAUCAGACUGAAGAUACUGAACCGUCACAUUUAAAUAAUCAUAAUGAACAACAACCUGAGACACCACUCGGUGAUAAAAGGAGGGUGAUUGACACUCAAGAAAUGUGUGCAUCUAUUGUUGCUAGAUUGCAAAAUAGUGGAGUAGCAACCAGUGUUGUAACUUCUGUAAUAUCGGACAUGGAGGAACUGGUCCAUGAAAUACAUUCUGAUAUUAAAAGUAAAGUAAUGAAUUUACUUCCAGCAAAGGAUUUUGCAACAGCAUCCCAGGUAGAUGACUGUUUUAGUAGUAUGAAUAAUCCAUUCACAAAUCUAAACACAGAACACAAAUGGAAAAAAUAUUUCAAAGACAAAUGGGCUGUUGUCGAUCCUACUGAGAUAAAGCUAGGUGUACGAUUUGACAGUAGAUUGAAUCGAGUGACGAGGACUUAUGAUCAAGUUCCUGUAACCGACAAGUUCAUUUACAUUCCCCUUUUGAACACAUUGCAGUUUAUAUUUAGGAAUUCGGAUUUAUGUAAACAUAUGACAAGUCCAAGUGCGAGUACAUCUGUCUAUAAAGAUUUUUGUGAUGGGGAUUAUUUUAAAAACCACCCACUUUACAGUAAACAUAAAAAUGCACUUCAAAUACAGUUAUACUAUGAUGAUUUUGAAUCUGCUAAUCCGCUGGGCUCGAAGCAAGGCAUUCAUAAAAUUGGAGUAAUUUACUUUAUUCUCAGGAACUUUCCACCCAAAAUGAAUUCAAGUUUAAUGAACAUACAUUUAUUGUCAUUAUUCUAUGCACAGGAUAUUAAGAACUAUGGAUUUGAUGCAAUUUUGCGGCCCCUUGUUGAAGAUUUAAAAGUCCUUGAAAGUUCUGGCAUUCCAGUUCCUUUCUCCAAAGAUCCCUUGUUUGGCACUAUUGCACAGGUUACUGGCGACAACUUGGGAAUGCACACAAUUCUUGGUUUUAUGGAAUCUUUUAGUGCCCUUUACUUUUGUCGGUUCUGUUUAGUAGACAAAAAAACAUCUCAGUCUGUUUUCAGUGAAGACGACACUAAUAUUACAUUAAGAAACAAAGCGUUACAAGAACAGCACUAUGCAGAUUUGGUAGCUGACCCUAGCAUUACUUCAUCUUUUGGGGUUAAGCGUACAUGUCUAUUUAAUGACUUAAAAUACUUUCAUAUUUGUGACAACUACUCCCCUGAUAUAAUGCACGACAUCCUCGAGGGUGUUGGUCAGUAUGAAAUGAAGUUACUUCUUGAAUAUCUUUCUGGCAUUAUACCAAGACAAGACGUAUGUAACAGAAUCUAUUCCUUCAAUUACGGCUUUCUUGAAAGAAAAAACCGACCCACUAGAUUAAAUCUAGAGCAGACAGCUAAUUCUAUAGGUCUAAAUGCCAUUCAGACAUUCUGUUUAAUACGGAACAUUCCUCUGAUAUUUGGAGACCUCAUUGAAGAGGAAAAUAAUUACUGGCGUUUAUUACUAUUGUUGUUACAGAUCAUCAACAUAGUGUUUUCUCCUGUGAUAACAGAAGGCAUGACCUACUAUCUAAAACAUCUAAUUUUAGAACAUCAUAGUCUUUUUAAAGAGCUAUAUCCACAAAAGUCUUUGAUUCCCAAGCAUCAUUUUAUGCUACAUUAUCCACAUUGUAUACGCAAAAUUGGUCCAUUAGUACAUGUAUGGUCGAUGCGUUGUGAAGCGAAACACAAGUUUUUUAAAAACAGCAUAAAAAAUUUUAAAAACCUCACCAAGUCUUUUGCUAUAAAACACCAAUAUGCAAUUGCGUAUCAUUGGGAAAGUUUACCCGUUAAAAAUGUUGAAUAUGGACCUUUAAAAACUCUAGACCUUGAUGAUUUGCCAUAUCGUGACAUUAUUCUUGAAAUGUAUCCACAUUUUUUGGACCGUGAGAUCACAGUAACUUCAUGGCUGAAAUAUUCAGGAACGGAAUAUCGUCAUGAUCUACUGGUGUUCAGUAAAAUGGAGAAGGACUUGCCAAUUUUCAGUAAAAUAUGUGAAAUUAUUCUCAUAGAGGACCAAAACCUUUUGGUAACUAAAGACUUUGAAACACUUGGAUUUGUUGAGCAUCUUCAUGCAUACCAUGUAAGAGAAAAUAACACUUUUGGUUUGUCAAGAGUUGAGGAUCUUCCUUUUUUCAGACCAUUUGACUUACAGGCAUCAUAUGGAUUUGAAGAACCAUAUUUGUACAUUGUUCCAGUGCAUUGUUUUGUGCACGAAAAUAUUUAAUUAGCUUGCACUAACUUCUGAUUGUUUAGCACAUAAGCUGAAUGUAUUUACAGAUUUUAUAUUGAAGUCAGAAUUGUGAGUUUUUAGCUUGUUCCUUUUUUUGUGGCAGAAAUGAGCUUAGUUGCUUCUAUGGGCACUUUCAUGUUUGCACUUUAUGAAAUAAGUAUAUGUUGUUUCAGGUAACCUCAGAUUUAUGAGUUUUCUACGAGUUACAAAACAAGUUAUAUGAUAUUUCUAUGAGUUACAAAAAACGCGUUAUGAUAUUUCUAUGAGUUACAAAAUGAGUUAUAUGAUAUUUCUAUGACUUGCAAAACAAGGAGUUUUUAAACAAUGGUCUUUUUUUAUUGUGCAGAUGUUAAUUCUAUUUUCUUGCACUUGUGGAAACAGAUUUUCUAAAGUUUGUAAAAAAAAUUGAAAUGUCGUUGCAUUUUUAAAUGCAGAGUUGAAUGUAUUGAAAAUAUUUCUAAAGUUUAAUGAACAUUUAAUAAACAAUUUUC